UGUAACGAUGUAUUCGUAAGUCUAUAAUUCCUUAUGAUUAUUUCAUUAAAAUGGGCAAAAUAAUAAUAUGUAAACUAAUCAAUAGCUUUUAUCAGUCUACUGCUGAACUAAAGGCCUUAAAGAGAAUUUGCGCGGACUGGUUGUUGAUCGUAGUAGACGUUAGUAGACAUAUAGUAGAAUGUAUUAGUAGCAGACAUGUAGUAAUGGUAGUAGCAGACGCUUCUCCGUUAAAUCAUAAUAAGAAACCCAAAAGCAAGUUAUAUUACUGGAAAUGGAAUCUAAUACCCAUAGAACUAAGCGACAGCACACAAUUGCACCAGAACAUCGUCAGGUUUAUUGAAAUUGGUUUAAAAGUAAAAUCCAUCAAUCCAUCAAUUUCCCCAGUUAUCUUGUAAGUCGCAUCCGAUGGCGUUAAAUUGUAAUAAAGCGGCGCACACGCGCGAACGAGCACUGAUUGAAAACAAAUUGGUUCUUAUCGUCGAGACACACGCGACACAGGGACACAGAUGGGACUAUGGAUGGAACAGUUUCGCGUCCCCGCAGUCGUUUCCCAACCCUCAACGCAUCGAGUGCCUAAGGAUGCAGGAAUACACGCAGACUUCGGGACUAGUUGCCUUUGCCUUGGUCUACCUGACAUUUUUUCUGGACAAUGUUCUUUUGACUGUCCUUGUGCCCAUAAUCCCGGAUUGGGUGCAAGGAGAGUCGUUGGCGCUGUGGACGGAGCACGGCGCACCGCUUGCCAAGCUUCUGAACACCACUGUGCAUCAGAUCACUCACCAAGAUUCUGGGAGAGGCGUAGGGACAUCACAGGCAAUAGUGGGCGCGGUGCUGGGUGCAAAGGCGGCCACACAGCUCAUCGUGACUCCUGCCGCCGCCACCCUAACAGCCUGCCGCGGCCCAGCCACUGGAUUGCGGCUGGCCACAGCAUUGCUAGCUACUGCUGCUCUCGUAUUUGGUUGCUGCGCGGGUCGAGGUGGUGCCGUAUGCGCUGGAAUUGGGCGAGCAUCACAAGGAGCUGGGGCGGCUCUAGGUGGUGUGGCAGGGCUCGCUCUGGUUGCACGAGCUCUUCCACCUCAUCGCCGUCACCGAGCACUCGCGGCGCUGCUUGGAGCUGUUGCACUUGGAGUUUUGGUUGGAUACCCAUUUGGUGGUGCAGCAUACAAGCUAUGGAGCCCGGCUGCACCGUUCCAACUUAUCGCGACUGCAUUGUUGAUUAACCUUGGUAAUAUUAGGAUAUUAUGGAAAUAUUUAUGUGAGUUUUCAAAAACGGUGACAUGCCACAUGUUAUUCACAUUUAUCGUUUUAGUAAUGCAGUACAUCUUCCUGAGUAAAGAGGAAUACAAUACGGGUACGAACGAAUGCAGCGAUGCCGGUGUCGGCACGAAGGUCAUGUGGGCAGAAGCACGUCGAGGUGCAACAGGUGCUUGCGCUGGUGCCGUUCUACUUACUACGUGUGUGAUGGCAGCUCUCGAACCGUGCUUGCCUCUCUGGAUCAUGCACAAAUUUCAUCCCGAGCGUUGGGCCUUAGGGGCAGUGUUCUUGCCGGACAGCGCGGGUUACCUUGUGGCUGCGAGCGGGCUGGGUUCGCCUGCACAGCGCUUGGGGCCGGAACGCGUUGCCAUCGCUGCUGUGCUUUGUGUCGGCUGCUCAGCGCUGAUUGUACCGCACGCUCCUUCGGUGGGCUGGUUGAUGUUCCCGCAAGCAGCAUUAGGCGGAGGCCUAGGCGCGGCGGAUGCGGCACUGGUUCCCGCAUUGCUGGCAAAAAGAUCGCGCGCUCUACCGCACCGCGCCGCUUUACUCCAAGCCGCUUCCAGUGCGGCGUAUGCAAUUGGUCCAGUGUUGGGAGGUAUAAUAUCGUGGUGCGCGGGAUUUGAGACGGCGCUCCGAUUCCUAGGCGUCGCGAAUAUUUUAUACGCUGUCUACCUCUACCGAGUACUAUCUGAAUAUCCGCUAUCAGAAAAGUGGGGAACAUGCAUCACACCUGAAGAAGAAAGUGACGAAGAAUCUGACGAGCUAACGCCGCUUGGGAUCACUGCACAGCCACCGGCAAAGCAACGCAACACCAAAUGUCCGCCAUAAUGGCAGCCCCCGACUCCUAGUUAAAUCAACCAUUCUUAUAUAAUGUAUGCAAUAAGUUUGUCAGUAAUCAAAGAGAAUAAGGUGCAUUUUACUCUGACUUUUUACAGAUAGAUAUCGAAAAAUCAUUGAGAGUUGAUCUUAUUCUAAGGAUACAAUCAUACAACUCAUGGUUAAGGUUAAGUCCUUACCGGAGAGUUCACAUUACAAAGUACCUUGCUAGGGAAGUUAUUAUUGUGUAGAAGCUAUCGUUAUCUAUAUUCUAGAGGUCUUAUUUAUAACCGUGGCAUAAAGACGAAAUAGUUAUACAGUAUUUUUUCCUGAGGUUUUCGUUCUCUGAUAACUUGUUCCGACGUUAGAUAUGCCAAGAUCGUACCUAUAUGUAUAAAGGAAAUAAAACUGAAGUGUCUGUCUUUGA